AAUACUUGUCGGUAUCGAAAAAUAUUUUAGAAAACUAGGAGAAGAGCUAGGCAUUGAAACUGAUCUACCCCCAAAUUAUCUUAUUUUUUUCAGUUUACAGGUCUCCCGCUAUUUCCGUCGUCGGCCACCAUGCGCAGGUUAGCUGCCCAACUCGUCACUCAUUAUUGCAGAAAAAACCCUACACGAACUGGGCAACCUCGAAAAUUUUCAACCCACAAUGAAGCAGAUGACCUUGCCUUGGAAAAAGAUGCUGAAAGAAAAAUUGGAUGGGUAUUGAAACUAUUCUUUGCUGGGACUGCUACGUAUGUUGGUUACCAGUUUUUUCCAUACUUGGGGGAUAAUUUGUUGCAGCAGUCAGUGUCUCUUUUGCAUGUAAGGGAUCCGUUGUUUAAAAGAAUGGGAGCUUCAAGAUUAGGCCGCUUUGCUAUAGAUGAUGAAAGAAGGAUGAAAAUUGUCGAAGUUGGUGGGGCUCACGAGCUCUUAAAGAUGUUGGAGGCUGCUAAAGAUGACCGCACUAGGAAGGAAGCACUAAAGGCUCUCUCGGCUAUCUCAAAAUCAGAUAAAGCUGUUGGAGCAUUACAUCAAGCUGGCGCAGCUGCUAUUAUCAAUUCUACCCCGAAUUCCUUGCAGAAUGUCGAAGUUGAGCAAUACAAAUCUAGCUUGUUGAAGAGAUUCCAAGAUCUGAAAUAUGACGUUCCCUUAUGAAUUGAAAUUGAGUAAAUCUUUUUGAUUGUAGCUUCUCUCUCGGUUUUGUAAGAAUGUAGAUGCAACAGCCAACAAGUCCUGCAUGGCGGACAGUGAAACUGUAGUUUAUUUGUGGAUGUUAUGUUAUCUGUUUAAAGAAAUUAGCUUAGUGAUUUCACCCUUAGUCAGAGAUCAUUUAGUGGGUGAUUUCUUUCAUACAGUGCAUGGUCAUUUCUUUAAAGCACCUGGGCUUAUAAACAUGCAUUUCAUACAGAUUCUAUUCUUACUAAAGAAAUAAAAGCAAUCUUACUCAUUGAUUCACCA